GUUAUCGGGUAGUGUACAGUUCGCAAAUAAUUUUUGCAGAACGAUACAGCCUUAUGUUGUAUCGAUUGUUCUAUAUUAUAAACUUAUAACAAAAAAAAUUUGAUUAGUAUAAAACGAAUGUGUUUAAAAAUUAAAAUAAUUAUAGAUAAAAUUGGAUACGUGCCGGACGAUGGGAUCUUCUGUUGCGUAACAAAUUUUAAAAUUGUCAGAAUUUAAAAAAUAACUGACGAUAAUAAUUUUUCCUGUGUGGUGAAAAAAUUUCAUCUUCAGACAACACAAGGAGAACGAAUCAAGCGCCAUGGCGAACUUGACACAAGCAAAAUUGAAUCAUUUCGUGUCUGAAACACAAGAUCAAUUAUUAAAAUUAUUCGACAAAGAACUAGUUUUUGAUGAAGUGGUCGACUCGUGGCCAUUUAUGAGUACACCAUGGCCAGUACUUUCAAUAUUAUCUGUGUACUUAUUGUUCGUAUUGAAGUUCGGCCCAAAUAUGAUGGAAAACCGGAAACCGUUUAACAUAAAAUAUGUGAUGCUUUUGUAUAAUGCUAUACAAACACUUUAUAACGGUUGGCUUGUAGUAUGGUUUUUUGUCACGCCUGGAGCAGUUAACUACCAUAUGAAUCAUUUAUGCCAUCCACUCCCUCGAAAUCUCAAUCAGUUUCUUAUACACGAGUUAAACAAAGGUUCGUGGUAUUUUUUCCUAUCCAAAGUAAUGGAUUUAUUAGAUACAGUGUUUUUCGUCUUGAGAAAAAAACAAUCGCAAGUAUCUUUCUUACAUGUUUAUCAUCAUGUAAAUAUGGUAAUCACAUGCUGGGCUUAUCUACGGUUCAUAAAAGGAGAACAACUGAUAUUUGGUGGACUCAUAAACUCAUUUAUUCAUACGGUUAUGUACAGCUACUACUUUUUGUCAGCGUUGGGUCCACAUAUGCAAAAAUACUUAUGGUGGAAAAAAUACUUGACUCGUAUGCAAAUCAUUCAAUUCCUAUCGAUAAUGGCAUAUAAUGCUGGCCUGUAUACGUUUAACUGCAGUUUUCCGAGGUUAUUUAUGCUAUACGUGAUUGCUGAUGUCUCAUUAUUUUUGUACUUAUUCUUAAUGUUCUAUAAAAGAACGUACGAACAAAGCCGCAAAGCGAAAGUACACGCAAAGAUAGUUAAGACUUUUGAUACAGAUGCCAGUUCAGUGGUUUUUGCAACACAUCUAGGAUGGUUAUUUCAAUAUGUUCUAGAACAUUUGCAAAUGUAUACAUCUAUAUUAAACUACAUAAUUCAGACAAAAGAUUCUUUCAAAGAGUUUGUAAAAAGUGAAGUUAAGUACGACGAAGAAAUCGAUUCAUGGUUAUUCGUAAACAAGCCAUGGCCAGUGCUCGGGAUAAUUAUUGUGUACUUAUUGUUCGUGAUAAAAAUUGGUCCCAAAAUGAUGGAGAAUCGUCAACCAUAUAAUAUUACUAAAGUAAUUUUGGUUUUCAACUUUGUACAAUUUUCCUACAACGGUCUGCUUUGUUUAUGGAUUAUUUUGAUUCCCGGUAUACCAAAGUAUAUAUUUACUCACCUAUGUCAUAUCACUAAUGACACUCAGCACGAGAGAUAUUUAAUAAAAUGUCUGCACACUGUUUCAUGGUUUUACUUCAUCUCCAAGAUCAUUGAUUUAUUGGAUACAGUAUUUUUUGUUUUGAGAAAAAAACAAUCCCAUGUAUCUUUUUUGCAUGUUUACCAUCAUACAAAAAUGGUAAUCUCGUGUUGGGUACAUAUAAGAUUUUUUAAAAGCGAACAAGCGGCUUACGGUGCGUGGCUUAACUCGAGUGUUCAUAUUGCUAUGUACGGAUAUUAUUUCCUUGCUGCACUUGGACCAUAUAUGCAAAAAUAUCUGUGGUGGAAAGUUUAUGUUACACGAUUACAAAUUGCUCAACUAUUCAUCGCAGUAGGCUAUAUAAUAUUCCUGUAUAAAUAUGACUGCACCAUGCCAAAAGUAUUGGCAUUUACCCUAAUUAUCGAUAUCAUUGCAUUUAUUUAUUUGUUCAUGGGUUUUUACAAGUCCGCUUAUAAGGAAGAUAAAAUAAACAUAGCCAACACAAAAGAUGAUAGAAUAGACACUGUAGACAAAAUUAAAUCAUCAUAAGAGUAUAUAUUCUGUCAUAUUAUAUAAAUCGGUAUUUUGUAUUCAUUUUACAUAUACUUAUUUACAAUUAAUUAUAUCCAUACUCGGUUAAAAUUGUACAGCUUACUUAAAGUAAGUUUUAUCCGUCAAUUAUGUAUAUCAAUAAAAAGUCAAAUACAACCACGGGACAACAAAAAAUUGUAAUUCUAUUUAUAAGCCACCUUGCCUAUAUGUAUUAACUUUUCCUCUCACGUUACUUGUUAACUAUUAUAAAAAUUAAAGAGAAUAUUCUCUAAGAUGUUAUGGAUUUCAUUUUAUUUUAAUAA